AUGGUCUCGGUCGAAUCAACAGCAGCACAGGCAGUCUCUGCAGUCACCCAGGGGCCCAUCACUUCGGCUUCACCUGCACUCCUAAAUUUGACCAACCUCAGAACGGUGGCAGCAGAUGUGACAUCCUCCUUGUCUCUCCCCCUCGCCAAAAACCCGUUGUUCCGCUUCCCUCUCCGCGUUGCCUCUCAGAUCGAUCGAGCCCUCCUCCACGUAUGGAACCGGUUUAUUUUGGAAGGACUCGGUAUCAGUAGUCUGGCAAGAGCUGGGACAGCGACCGCUGCUGGCGCUGCUGGCGCCCAAGCCAUGGCAGACGCAGCAGUCCAACCGGGUUUGGCUCAGGCCGUGGGAGAUGCGGCCGCAGAGAGUUGGUCGACCUUCUUUGCCGAGGUGUUCCAAGCAACGGGCUUCAAGUCUUACUGGGGCAUGUUGCACUACCUCAGUUCAAGAUGGGCCUUUAUAUGUUUCGCGGUGGUAAGAGCGAGUGUGUCGGAGACAACAAAGACGUCUGCUGACUUGCGCAGGCCCUGA